AUGGACACCGUCUUCAGCAUCGUCGAACUAGUCGAGUGCAUCCUCCUCCGCUUCGACCCAUUCGACCUGAUGCGCGCCCAACUCGUCUGCCGCCAAUGGCGCACGCUAAUCACCACGCGCAGCCCGCUCCGAGCAGUCUUAUUCUACGACUUCGCCCACCCGUAUCCCACCGAACCAACCUUCAACCCAUUGAUGCGAUACCUGUUCCCAGUGCUAUUCCCCACUCCGGACUUCACCAAACCUACCUCCCCAAUCUUCAUGCCGGAAGACAUACAGCAUAUGCGCCUCGGUGACGACACAGCUUACCACAAGGCUGUCUUCCGCCCUGAAGCCUCCUGGCGACGCAUGAGACCCAUGAAUAUCCCGUGCCGGGUGCGCAAAGUAGUCCGGAAGACGGUCCGGGAUGAUCAAAACCCAGCGAAGAAUCUACUGGUGUAUGAUAAAGAGGCCGGGCAGGAUCCAGUGCUGGGAGCGACGAUGGAGCUUGUUUGGGAUGUGUUGUUGCAUGAGUUAGGGUACUGGCCGACAAAUGGGAUGGCGGUAGAGUGGAGGACUGUGAGGGAGGGGAGCGGGGAUUGGGAUAAUAAUUGGAAGGAAGGGGUUACUGAUGAGGAGAAGAGAAGGCUGAGGGCGCCGUAUGAGUGCUCGUUUGUGUCUGCGAGUCCGGAGGGGAUGCUGGGGAGGUGUGAUCGGCGUAAGUUUACGUUUGUGAGGGUGAAACCGCCGAUUAGAAUGAAGUCAACGGCGGAGGAGUAUUUGGGGAUGAGGAAUCAGUACGUCUCGGAUAAGUUUGAGUCGAAGUUUUAUGGCCCGGAUAAGCCUCCGAAGUUUGCGCAUAGGGGGGAGUGGGAGUGGGUUAAUGAUGAUGGGACUAAAUCUUACGACCCAAAAAAAUAUGCGCCCAAUGAUGAGGAUAAUAUAAGGCCUGUUCCGGAUGAGGAUGAUAGUGGUACGGAGUGGUCUUGGGAUGAGGCGAAGGAGUACUUUGAUAGGCCGGAGUGCUAUUGGGUGCCUACCCAUACGCCGAUUUGA